ACAGCACAGCUCUGUUCUGACCCUCUCUGCAGCGUGUUUGGUCAUUAGCGCUGCACUGAUCCUCUGGUCUUGUGGUUAAAACUAUCAUUCGGUGCACACUGGCGCAUGAGAUACUUUACUGAAAAUCAGGAUCUUCUUCAGUGGUCAGUUAUGACUGGGAGAUGAUGGGAGUGUUGGUGCUCUGUGUGUUUGCAGCCGUGUUGAACUACAUCUCUGCCUCGACAGAAGUCUGCACCAACACCCUUCUACCUGGAGCUAAAGGGGACCAAGGUGAAAUUGGAGAGGAGGGAGAUCAGGGAAAACUGGGAAAGAAUGGACCACCAGGACUUCCAGGACUGACAGGAGAGACGGGGCUUGAGGGAGAGGCGGGACACACAGGGAAGAUGGGGCCUAUUGGAGAUAAUGGUAACAAAGGUGAUACAGGUUUGGAUGGUCCCUCUGGAUUAAAAGGGAAACCAGGCACGACAUGUGACUGCGGCAGGUACAGGAAGGUGGUUGGACAGCUGGACAUCAAUGUGGGCAAGCUGAGGAAUGCUGUCAAGUUUGUGAAAAAUGUCAUCUUAGGGCUGAAGGAAACAGAAGAGAGGUACUACCUGCUGGUGAAGGAGCCCAAGAGGUUCAGAGAGGCUUCAAUGAACUGCAAGCUGAGAGGAGGCACACUGGCCAUGCCAAAAACCAGCAAUACCAACCGUCUAAUGGCAGACUAUGUCAGUCAGGCAGGACUGACAAGAGUUUAUAUCGGAGUGCAGGCUCAGAGCAAGGACACAGAUGGAACGAGCAGUCAUGUUUAUGCAGACUCCAGCCCUCUGCAGGGGUUUGCAGCCUGGAGUCAAGAUGAUCUCAGUUCCAGUGUAUCUCCCACCACAAACUCAAGCUGCGUGGAGCUGCUCAGCACUGGGACAUGGAGUCAUGUGGAGUGUGAAGCCACCAUGUUUUUCAUCUGUGAGUUCCCGAAGAGCAGGAGAAGAGGAGGAGGAGGAGGAGGAGGAGGAGGAGGAGGAGCAGGAGCAAGAGGGACCCCUGCCCCAGCAUCAUCAUGAGUCGAUCAGAUGUUCAGACUUGCAUGCCAAAGAGAUGUUAGUAGACAUAGAGAUUUUGUUUUGUAGAAUUGGCAAUUUAUAUAAUAAAAAUAACUGACAUGAAAAAGAAAUGUGCCUGCAUCAUCAGAUAAGGUUGCUUUUUAUUAAAGGAUGAAGUAAUGACCAACUGCUCAUUAAUGCAAAUAGCUAAUCAGUCAAUCACAUGGCAGCAAUUCAAUGCAUUUAGGCAUGUAGACAUGGUCAAGACAACCUGCUGAAGUUCAAACUGAGCAUCAGAAUGGGGAAGAAAGGUGAAUUAAAGGGCUUUGAACUCGGCAUGGUCUGAGUGUUUCAGAAACUGAUGAUCUACUGGGAUUUUCACCCACAACCAUCUCUAGGGUUUACAGAGGAUGGUCCGAAAAAAAGAAAAUAUCCAGUGAGCGGCAGUUCUCUGGGUGAAAAUGCCUUGUUGAUGCCAGAGGUCAGAGGUUAAUGGCCAGACUGGUUCAAGAUGAUAGAAAGGCAACAGUUUUCUAUGACCUUUGUGUACCCAUCUUCUGAUGGCAGCUUCCAGCAGGAUAACGCACCAUGUCACAAAGCUCAAAUCCUCUCAAACUGGUUUCUUGAACAUAACAUUGAGUUCACUGUAGUCCGAUGGCCGCCAUGUGCAGCCGACAUAUCUGCAACAACUUUUUGACACUACUAUGUCAAUAUGGGGCAAAAUCUCUUAAGAAUGUUUUCAAUAACCUCUUGAAUCUAUGCCAUGAAGAAUUACGGCAGUACUGAAUGAAAAAGGGAGUCCAACCCGGUACUCCAACCCUCCAUCUUUUUGGCAGAUGACAUUUGGAGUCUGUCACACAUCUCAUCCAGGAGCUAGUGCCUGUCUGCACAGCUCUACUGCUCACUGUCUCCCACACACAGGUGAAGUUGCUUUGUUGCUGUUGAUGGUACUGUCUCACCCUGAAGCCACCGAUAGAUUCGGUGGAUGCAAAGGGAAAUCAGUGAGUGUGUAUCCCAGCCACUCCUUUCUACAUGUUGGUGAUACGUUCUCUCCUCCAGACACAUAUUUAGGUAGGUCAUCACCAUUUCUUUACAUAAGUGAGAAAGUGUGUAUGUAGAUGUACUGUAAUUGCAGGUGAUAUUUAAAGGUGACAAUGGCCAAGUGAAAGCAAUCAUAUAUUUAAUAUUUUACAAGGUCUAAAAAGUGAUUUGACAAUUCAAAAUGAUCAGUUUCUUGCAACAAAAACUUGAGAAAUGACCUUGAAAUACAAUCAUGGGGAAAUGAGUGCAGCACUGAAUGUGAAAUAGUUUGUUUCACAUGCAUAUGUGUGUCCAUCUUGUAUCUACUUUAAAAUUCAAUGUAGGUGACCAUUGGCAAAGUGACAAGGACAAUUGCAGUCAUUAUCAACAAACAGACCACAGUGUUUCAACAGUGGUUUACCUUCGAGAAUGCCCAAAGUGACAUCCUGGAGAUUGAGGUCUGGGACGAAGAUGGGGGUCUGAAUGGCAAAGAUGACCUCAUGGGAAAAUGCCAAAUUCAACUGUAUAAGUCUGUCAAUGAUAAGAAAUGCAGUUUUGAGAAUGGUGAAGUUUUACUGUGGUACAUGUGUCUUUAAAAUAACACAUUUUAACUGUUAUGGAAAACAGAUAAAGUAGAAUUUCUGUUUUGUUUUUUCAAAUGGAUGUAUACUUUUAUAAAUGUUAUUUUCAAAUGAGAAGCAGAAGACAAAAGAAAUCCCGGCUAAUAUGCCAUCUUUGUGUGUGUAAUCUGACUUUGGUAUUACACAAAUGAAAAUCAGCAAAAAAGUUUUCUUCUUCAUGUAUGGAAAUGAAAAAAUGUGAUAAUUUUUCUGCAAACAAGAAUGACUGUUAAUGACCCAUAAUGACAAUUAUACCUCAAAAAAUAUGAUGGCAAAUUGUAACCUACACAUGUGAAAUUAAAGAUAAAAUUGGGACAAUCG